AUGGUCUCCGCCAAGAAGCACGUUCCCAUCGUCAAGAAGCGCACCAAGGCCUUCAACCGCCACCAGAGCGACCGCUUCAAGUGCCUCGACUCAGCAUGGCGCAAGCCCAAGGGUAUCGACAACCGUGUCCGCAGACGGUUCAGAGGUAGCAUGGUCAUGCCCUCGAUCGGCUUCGGUUCCAACAAGAAGACCCGCCACAUGAUGCCCUCCGGCCACAAGGCUUUCCUCGUCAGCAACGCCAAGGACGUCGAGCUUUUGAUGAUGCACAACCGAACCUACGCCGCAGAGAUCGCCCACAACGUCUCGUCGAGAAAGCGAGUCGACAUCAUUGCCCGCGCAAAGCAACUCGGCGUCAAGGUCACGAACCCGAAGGCGAAGGUCACUACCGAGAUCUAA